AUGUUGACUUCAUAAGAAGGGGUGGGGUCCCUAGCAGAUCUGAGCAGAUCAGAAAAGCAGUCUGCAGCAUCACUGCACAGAGGAAGAAGUUGUCACCUCUAGCUGUUGAUAUCACAGUUUCCAGGAGCAGAAAAGAUGUCUGUGACCAUUAGCAAGACCGACGGGGUGACUGUGUUCACCCUGACCUCUGACCCUGAUAGCCCCUGGCCUCCUCUGUGUCAGAUCCUGAAGAGCCUGUGCUACAGCCCGGUGUGCUGCUCCGUGUCCCAGAAGCUGAGGACAACCCAGAGGAAGUCUCUGUCUGUGCUCGGGGCAAUUCAGAUCAUGAUUGGCCUGCUUAAUAUUGGCCUCGGCACCAUCGUGAGACUGGCAUACCGUUCUCCUUGGUAUCUGGAUUCCUAUUACCCUAUUGGAUCUCUGUUCAUUGUGUUCGGGAUCUUGUGCCUUCUGUCUGAGAAGUAUCCGAGUCCAUGCCUGAUCGUCCUCAAUGUGAUUUUCAGCAUUGCUGGAGCUGCUACGGCCAUUGUUGCCAUUGUGCUCUACUGCAUAUAUGAGGCAAAGCUUUACUCCUGGUAUUUCUGUGACGGAAAAGACAACGACUACUACUACAACUACCAUCACUACUGCACGUGGAAUAAAGAUAUGUUCAAUGUAAGACAGAAAUUUUGCUUCGGGACUAAAUGAUUGUGACCUCGGUUU